AUGAAAUAAUAAUUUUUACAAAUACAACUUAAUGAUUCCUAAUAAGAAGCAUCUUAGAUCAAUCUCUAUAAUAUGGUUGAGAUGCUAAAAGAUCCAGAUUUCCGAUAGAAGUUUUAAUAAUGUAAAUAUGACUAUGAAUUGAUUGAAAUAUUCCCUUUAGUAGGGUUUGGGAUUACAAUUACUAAAACUAAAAAAAACUCUGAAACUAAAAUAAAAGUGACAGAUUUUUCUAAAGUCUUAAAAAUAAUAGAUUUAAGUGCAUUAGAUUUGAAAAAUGUUUAAAAAAAAAACCAAUCGGCAAAUUGCAUUUUGCCUUUGUUGUCAAAAGAUGAAGAGAAUGAUCAAUUAUUGAAUUGUGAACUUUUUAAAAGAAAAAUUUCUUACUUGGUACACGAAAAAUUGGAUUCUUAUAAAGAAGACACAUAUUUGUUAUUAAUUUAAGCUAGUAUUCAUUAUAUAAUAGAGAAAGAAGGAAUUCAAUCAUGGGGAAAAGAAAUUCUAUAACUUGCAUUUUAAACAUGCUAGUAAAUUUUUAUUAAUAGCCCAUUAUUUUGCAAAUCAAUUUCUAUGUUAGAUUUUGAGAAAUCUAAGUUUAAGCUUUUAAACUUAUUCUGUUUAUUUUAAAUGGAGCAAGUAUCUAUACAAGAAAUUUUUGACUAUUAUGUUUGCCAAAAUGUAAAACAAAAAAUCUAUGAUAAACUAGAUGAAGAUUAGUUAUAAAAUUUUUUUGAUAAAUUAAAGUUCGAAUGUGUAGAUUAAAUUUAUGAAAACAUCACAUAAUUUAUGGAAGAUUAUUUAGAAAAAAAUAAUUAUUUCUUAUUAAAGUUAACAUAAAAAAAAAUUCUAUAAGGAAUUAUAGAAUAUAUGAUUCCUAAAGAAUUAUAAUGGUUAAAUCUAUAAAAGCUUGAAUAUAUUUAGAGUAAAUAUUAGGAUAUUAAAACUUUAAAAUAUUACACAAUUUCGACUAUAUUUUAGAAACUUGUAGAAAAUCUUGUUGAAAAAUAUAGUGAUGAGAAGAAAUUUAAAUAUUUUCAGUCAUUUUCUUAACAAUUUUAAGAAUACGAUGAUCAAUAAUCAUACUAAGAAUUUCUUAUGAAGAAUCAUAAAUAUCAUGAUAUUUUAGAAAUUUAUGAAUUAUAUAACUAAGUAUUAAAUGAAUGUUAAAAUGAUAAUUUUAGAUUUGAGGAAAAGUAUUAAAUAAUAACUAUCCGCUUUAUUAUAAAUAAAAUAUCUAUUGAAUCAAUUAAAAGAGAUAAUCCGAAUAGUUUUUAGGAAUUAGAGGGUUUAAUAGAAUUUAAAAAAGUAUAUGACUAUUUGGAGAUAUUUAAAAAAAUAUAUAAUAUAAAUGAAGAAUUUGCAAAAAACAUACACGUUUAAAUAGUUGGAGAAAUUAAAAAUUUGAUUUGGCUGAAUUAUUUAUCAUCAGUAACUGAUUUUAAAGAGAAUGAAAUGAUCAAAUAAUUUAUAAAAAACUUUCUAUCUCAUUUAACUAAUUGGAAAUCCAUAUUAGAAUAAGAAGUCUUUGCAAAAUAUUUAGUUGAAAUUAGUAGGUUCACCUUUUUAUUGAUUCUAAGGACAAGAAAGUUAAAAUAAAUUGAAAAAUUUAAUUAAUAAUAACUCUAAAAUAUUAUGACAAAAGAUAAAUAAAAAGAGCCAUAUUGCACAAAAAUUUUUGAAAUAAGUAAAACCUUUAAAUGA